AAGCCGGUUAGGAUUAUCUGUCCCUUUUGAUAUAAUAAACAACUCUCAAUUUUCCAGAAAAACGCGCAGAACUUUCCGGGUCAUAUAUGACCCUAUUGUCGGCAAAGGAAAAGUUUAUGAAAAUGUUUCCGUGCCAACAAUGUAGUUGGGACAAUUGGAACAUUGUUUUUCUUUGUGAAAUACAGGUGGGACAUCUUUGCUCCUGGACAUUUCAUCUUAUAUCUGAUGAAUUAUAACAUAUUUUGCAAUAUUUUAGAUUAUUCUGCAAGCGUCUCAUAUUGUGCAAUUGUAUUGUGUGUGAAUAAAUAUGUAGAUAAGUUUAUUUUUGCCAAAUACCAAUCAAAAUAUUGUGACAGAGACUGUUCAAGGGAUUACACAGGAAGAUUCUUUGAACACCAGGAAUACAGUGUUCAUCAAGACAAUCCAGUUUGCCAUGGUUUUUCCCAAAUUAAUAACUUCAAGCAAAAAAAAACUCUUAAAAAAACCCGUGAUAUAGAUUUUGAAAAUGGUGUGUAUACUUCCCUUCCCGACAAUAGGGUCAUAUAUGACCCGGAGUUUUUUCCGAAUUUUCACGCAAUGGAAUUUUUUUUCCUCAGAACUAUUAUAUUUGAUCAUAAAGCAUUAGGAAAAACUCAAUUUUAAAUGAAUUCACUUGCUGAAUAAAAGUGUGACGAGAAAAGGGUUAUAGGCCUGACUCCUGACUCCUGACAGAUGAGAAUUUUUCGUAAAAAUGGAGUAUUUUGAAAUAAAUCGCCUGCACAUAUGAACUUAAAUUAACUCACAUUAUUCAUUUGAGAUCACAAUUUUUCACAGUGGUCAUUGGUCAUACGAAAAUGACAUAAUGAAAUUACCAUGAAAAUGGGGAUAAAUGUUGAAACCGAUUGAUAUUUGGUAUUUUUGUGAAAUCGGUUGAUAAAAUUAUUCAAAAUUCUUAGUAUUAUUACCUUGUUCUUUAAUCUGAAAGAUAAUAAAAGUCUGCUUGAUUUGAUAAUGCGCGCAUCAUAUAAAAGUCAACCAAACUUUAAAUUUCCCACUUUUGUGAUAACAAUGGAAGAAGUGAAACAUUCUAAAUAUAAAAUGAAGACUCGUGUUUUAGUUAAGUGUUUCUUUUUUGUGGGUGUUUUUGCCAAAGCAGCAACAGCUAGUAGGAAUGAUGGUAUGGAGAGAGUUUCGGGAUUUGAUUUGUUAGAUCUCCGUGGAAACUGCAACUCUUCAACUCCCAUCUGGACCUUUAGCACGAUGAACCAUCAGUCACCGAUAUUCUCCAUCGAAACCGAGUCGCUAUGUUAUCAAAGACUGAGGCGUAAUUCCUUUUUCUGGGCUCAAAUUGAUAUAGAAAAAGUCAGGGGGGCUUCUACAAAGGAUCUCUUUGUAUACAUAAGAAGAAUUCAAGACUUUCCAUUUGGGUCAAAUUCUGGAAAAGAUGUUGAUAUGGUGUAUGACAAAGGCCAAUAUCAGUUCCUGAUAGAGAUGUCUCAAGAGGAUUCCAUGGACAACAUCAAAGUACUACUGAAGAAAAAAAUGAAUGUAAAGAAGAAUUUGGGACAAAGUCGUAAAAGCCCAAAAUUAAUAGCACAUCAGAGACAAAUUUGUGUUAAUUUUGGUGGUAUUCGGCGGAUAAACCUGCAGAGAAAUCUGGAAGAAAACUAUGAUUUGUGCUUUAGGAAUAAAGCAAUGUAUCAAGGAUAUGAAGGAGCUUGGACCGCAGAUGUAGAAAUACCAGUAAAAUCUGACACCGUUGAGACAACUAUUGUAGUUCCAUCAUUUAUACAUUUUUAAUACCAGGGGAUGGAAUUUCAACUGCAACAUCAUCUUUGUCCUUCCAAAUUUUUGUAUUUGGUAAUAUCCUCUUAAUUCUUUUCAAGGUUCGACUUAGAUUUAGGAUCAAUUAAAAUUUUUCAAACAGGAACUGUUUUUUUUUACUGAACAUUUUCGUACCAAAGUUGAUUUUUCAAAAUUUUAUUUUAUAAUAGAAUACAAAAAAUCGUCCAAAAUCUAAAAUGUAACUGUACCACCGAUAAAUUUAAUAAAAUAAAGAACAUAAAA